AUGGGCUUGUAUACUAAGCUCGCUAGCGACAUCAGCGAGGUCGAUGUCAUUAUCGCUGGAGGCGGAACAGCAGCAUGUGUCGUUGCUGGUCGGCUAGCAGAGGCGGAUCCAAACCUGUCGAUCCUUCUCAUUGAAGGAGGUCAAGACAACCGUGGAGUCCAGAACAUCGAGAACCCCGUCUUUUUCUUGGAUCAUCUGCUGCCGACCUCCACAACUACUUUGUUCUACAAGGGCAACAAGUCAGACAACUUGGGUGGACGCGAGUCCAUCGUUCCCUCUGGUGGAACACUGGGUGGAGGCUCAUCGAUUAAUUUUAUGAUGUACACACGUGCUCAACGAUCAGACUUUGACUCUUGGAAGACACCUGGUUGGAGCGCGGAUGAGAUUUUCCCCUUUUUGAAGAAGCUUGAGACAUACCACGGACCUGGCAACCCUGAACAUCACGGAUACAACGGCCCAGUCCAUGUCUCAAAUGGCACAUACCGUUCAAAGGAUUCAGAGAGUGAUUUCAUUAACGGUACCGCUGGAGUUGGCUGGCCCGAGAUUAAGGAUCUGCAAACACUCGACGCCAACAACGGUGUUGAGAGAUGGUUGCGAUAUGUCUCCAAGGACGGUCGCCGACAAGAUACCGCGACAGCUUAUCUGCACAGCAAGAUCGACAGUGACAAGUACCCUAACCUUCACGUUUUGGUCGAGUCAAAGGUCGUCCGAGUCAUUCUUGACGACGAGAAGCGGGCUGUCGGAGUUGAAUACACUCCCAACCCUGCCUUCCAAGCACAAAUAGGCCCUACUCAACACCCCAAGUUGACCGUCAAGGCUCGCAAGCUUGUUGUUGUCUCAUGUGGUGCUCUGGGUACCCCUCCCGUGCUUGAGCGAUCAGGUCUCGGUGACUCUGCUACUCUCAAGAAGGCAGGCGUUGAUGUCAAGCUUGACUUGCCUGGUGUUGGUCACGAGUACCAGGAUCAUCAGCUUGUCCUGUACCCUUUCAAGACUGCUCUGGAGCCUCAUGAGACGAUUGACAGAGUCCUUCGAAACCCUCACAAGCGCCAAGAGUUGAUCGACGCCAAGGACCCCGUUCUGGGCUGGAACUCAAUCGAUAUCUCCAGCAAGUUCCGUCCUACAGAAGCCGAUGUAGCUGCACUUGGCCCUGAGUUCCAAAAGAAGUGGGAGAAGGACUUUAAGAACGCUCCUAACCGACCUCUGAUGCUUAUGGGUCUUGUUUCUUGCUUCCUUGGAGAUCCCUCCACUGUGCCAGAACAGCAAUACGUCACAGUCGGCAACUACACGGCUUACCCCUACUCCCGAGGUCACAUCCACAUUACAGGACCCGAGAUCGACGACCAGCUUGAUUUCGACGUGGGAUUCCUCAGCGAUGAGCACGAUAUCGAUCUCAAGAAGCAAGUAUGGGCCUACAAGAAGUCUCGAGAGAUCAUGCGCCGUACCAAGAUGUACCGCGGUGAAGUUGCAGCUGGCCACCCAACAUGGCCCGAAGGAUCCAAGGCUGCUUCAGCGGACCUCACUGAGGCCCUGAGCGAUGUCAAGGAUAUCGAGUACUCUGCCGAGGACGACAAGGCAAUCGAGCAGUGGAUCCGAAACAACAUCGGAACAACAUGGCACUCCAUGGCCACAUGCAGGAUGGCUCCUCGUGAGCAGAAUGGUGUCGUUGACGAGCGCCUGAACGUCUGGGGUACCAAGGGUCUCAAGUUGGCAGAUUUGAGUAUCGCACCAGAGAAUGUUGGCGCCAACACCAACAACACCGCUAUUGUUAUUGGUGAAAAGGCUGCGGAUAUUAUCAUCAAGGAUCUGGGCCUCGCACAAUAA